GAAAAAAUAUUUUCAGGCGUGCCAAAAAAAGUGUGACAUUUUGAGAUAGAGGGAGUAUGAAAAAAAGGAGUACUUAUUGUUAACUUUGUUGCACCGCCCAAAAAAUUGUCCAAUUUCAUCCACUCCGGAUUCUGUCCUGCGGAUCGAACUGUAAAAUCACCAUAGCAGCAUCCAUGUCAAGCUCCAAAAAUGGCGAAGGAGUCCAUGUAUUGGUCUUCCCCUACCCAGCCCAAGGCCACAUCCUCCCACUUCUCGACUUGACCCACCACCUCGCCCUCCGCCGCUUCACCGUCACCGUCCUCGUCACCCCCAAAAACCUCCCGAUCCUCGAUCCGCUCCUCUCCGCCCACCCGUCGAUCCGGACUCUGGUUCUCCCUUUCCCUUCCGGCCACCCCCUCCUCCCCCCCGGCGUCGAGAAUGUCAGGGACGUCGGGAACUGGGGCAACGCCCCCAUCAUGAGCUCCCUCUCCGAUCUCCGCCGCCCGAUCGUCGAUUGGUUCGCCUCCCAUCCCGAUCCUCCGGCGGCGAUCAUCCACGACGUGUUCCUGGGCUGGGUCGAGGAGAUGGCCGGAGAAAUCGGAGUUCCGGGGAUCUGCUUUUACGGCCUUAGCGCGUUCUUGGCCUGCGUUUUUGAGUAUGGGUGGAGGAAUAUGGAGAAGGUCAAGUCUUUGGAGGCGGUUGACUUUGAAGAGAUGCCAAAGUGUCCCACUCUCCCAAGGGAACAUCUCCCUUCAAUCAUGAAAAACUACAAGGAAGGUGACCCUCAUUGGGAGGGAAUAAGGAGGGGCAUGAUUGGGAAUUGCAAAAGUUGGGGGGUUGUUGUAACCACAUUUCAUGCAUUAGAAGGGGUGUUUUUGGAAUUCUUGAAGAAGAAAAUGGGCCAUGGGAGAGUUUUUCCCGUCGGGCUUUUGAAUUUGAUCGGUGGGCCUCGUGGUCGUGGGUCGGGCCAAGGGAGUUUGUUUGCGUGGCUUGAUGGAUGCCCCGACGAGUCUGUGUUAUACGUGGCUUUCGGGAGUCAGAAGUUGAUGAAACAUAACCAACUCGAGGCCUUAUGCGAUGGGCUAGAGAGAAGUGGGGUCCGCUUUAUAUUGGUCGUGAAAGAGCCCUCGAUCCAACAAGUUGAAUUGGGCUUUGGACUGGUUUCGGAUGAAUUCGAGGAUCGGGUGAAGGGAAGAGGGCUCGUAGUAAGGGGUUGGGCUUCCCAAGUGGACAUAUUGAACCAUCGAGCCGUGGGUGCCUUUUUGAGUCACUGCGGAUGGAACUCGGCAUUGGAAUCAAUAGUAGCUGGGGUGCUAAUACUAGGAUGGCCAAUGGAGGCCGAUCAAUUUGUUAAUGCCAAGUUAUUAGUAGAUUACUUGGGUGUAGGGAUCUGUGUGUGUGAGGGCACAGACACAGUGCCCGAUGUGCCCGAGUUGGCAAGAAAAAUAAGUUAUGCGAUUAAUUGCUUUGUGUUGGAGAAGGCAAGAGUGAAGGAAUUCAGAGAUGUGGCACUCACAACGGUUAAAACAGAGGAAGGGUCGAUUGAAUGUUUUGAAGAACUUGUCAAGCAACUAGCCCAACUUCAAGCAUCAUAACUUGUGGUCAUCCUUAUGUUGGCUUGUUAUUUGUUAUCUAGUCUUGAAAAACACUUCUUUAUAUAGCUGAGAGUCUCUUAAAGACAAUCUCUCUAUUUUCAGACAAUGAUAAGGUCUGCAUACAACAUACAUACCCCUCCUCAAACCCAACGCUUAUGGGAUUCCACCGGG